UGUUGAUAAAAAUAUUCUUAUUACAAAAUGUCAUCCAAAUGGAACGAGAAAUUAGUGAUUAAUUUUUUAAAAGAAUACGAGCAAUAUCCAUGCCUCUGGAACCCUUAUCAUAAGAAUUAUUAUAAUUGUUACGAGAAGAAUAAGGCAUUGCAAAAAAUAAUCGAUGACCUCAAUAUACCUGGCUUUACUGUAAUUGAUUAUUUGCACCAAAUCAAGAGUAUAAGAGAAAAGUAAUGUACGAUCGGAAUUUUUGGUAAUAAAUAUUGUGGAAGAGAUAAGCGAGAAAACAAAAAAUAUUAUGAUUGAGUAUAUAAAAUGGAGCAAAUGAAGAUGAUCAAAACUCUACAACAAUCUCAACAAGAAUAUAAAUCACCAUUUUGCUGGUACAACAUAGUAGCAGAUAUGUUGAUGAAAGUAAUCGCAGACGAGGAAAAAGUCCAGCAACGAGAAACAACCAAAUCCUUAAGUAGUGAUAACAUAAAAAGAAUUAACAAUGAAAAAAACUAUGAUCAGAGAAACAAAUCCGUAGAAAAACCAUCUCAUUUGACCAAGAAAAAUAACAUGAAUACAAUAAUAAAAGAAAAAAAAAUAAAAUAUAUUCCUUAUUCACAAUUUAGACCAAAGGAGAAUUAUUUAACAGACCGAAAAGAAGAUCAUACAUCACUUUUAAAACCAACUAGAGAUACCGAGUUUGAAACAAUGGGUAAAAAAAAUUAUUUUAAAAUAAAACAAAUAAAUGUUUUAUUUCUUUUUAUAAUUUUAGAAUAUCCUGAGCUUGUUUCAAAAACUUCAAUGGAUUCUAAACUUAAUGAUAUUUCUUCUUUAAGAAAAAAUUAUGAGAAUUAUGAAUCACCAUUUUUAAAAUGUCCAUUAUGUGGUUGGGAAGAUAUAAAAUAUAAAGAAAUUGAGGAAAACUCAAAAAAAAAUUAUACUUCUUGUUCUGAAUAUAAUAAAGACAUUUUUGGAAUUUAUACUAAUUGUGCUGGAUGUGACAAAGUUACACGUGAUAAUCUGCCUUAUCAAUCUCUGAACAACACUGAUUUAUCGAUCUAUUAUUCAAAAAAAAAUGUGAAUUAUUCUGGAGAUUCCGAAAUUUUACCAAAAUUACCAAAACAUACAUCUAAUGGAAAUUUAAUAACAAAAUCUAAAUCAACAUCAGUAGAAUCUGUAAAAGAAAAACAAAAUCUAAAGACAUAUACAAAUGCAGAAGUACAAUAUAGUAAUGAUUCUAGAAAGAGUUCAAAACAUGAUAUAGAAACACCAAUGCAAAUAAAUAUUCCCGUAAUAACAAAUAAAUUGCAGUUUGAUACCAUAAAAGCUUCUACUCAUCUAAAAAUAAUUUUAUCAGAUCCAAAUAAAUCUUUAAAAUCAAAAUCACUCGCUAUAGAAAAUGCUUUUCAAAAUAUGAAAUUUAUACAGAAUGAAAAAUUAGAAACAUCUACGAAAGAAAUACAAGUUUUUCCUGAAAACAUUCAUCAAUUCAAAAAAAACGAAAUAGAUACUAAUACGAUUAAUUAUAUUGAUAAAGAAGUACAGAAUACAGUUUCUAUAACAGAUGGAAUAAAAAAAUCUGUUUCACUUCAAACUUUAAAUCAAAUUGAUCAAAAAGAAAAUCAAACUGAUAAAUAUAAGAAAAAUUCUACAGAAUCAAAAGAAGUAUUAGUAAAUAUUAUAGAUCAAAUUUCGAAAGGAAUUCAAACUACUAUUUUUGUAUCACGAGGAAAUUUAACUUGUCAUAUAUCUUUACAAAACAUGACAGAAACUGGAACUACUAUGUCCAUACACCAAAUUCGUAAUAUUGGUUGUGUAACAAAAGAAAGUAAACAAUUUAAAUCGAACUUUGUACAGUGCAUUUCUAAAGAAAAAUUUCCAUCUUUAAUUCAAUCCAAGUCAUGUAAUUCUGUAACAUAUAUUCAAAAUAUGGAUUUGAAACAUUGUGUAAAAAAAAAAAAAUCUGAAGAUUCAUGUUUAAUAAACACGUGUCCACAAAAUAUAUUACAUCUUUGUAAAGAAGAUCCUUCCGUGAUGUCACUUUUACAACAACUUUUGCAGAAUAUAUUAUUCAUACAUGAAGAGAAAACGCAAUGUGGGAAAUUAAAGAAACAAAUCGAUUUUUCAGAUGAUCAUAAAUAUUAUCCGAAAGAGAACUGUUUAAUUAAUCCAACAAAAAUGGUGUCAGCAAUCAAAAGUCAUAUCAUGAUGUUAGAGUUGAAAGAUAUCAAAGAAUUGAAAGAAUCCUAUCAGAAAUUAGGUACAAAAUCAUUUUCUCAAGGAGUUCAAAAAAAACCUAGUUUAAAAAAAAUUGACACCUCUAUCUGUAACAAUAAAUUGAUAAUGACUGAAGAAAUAUUUAUGCCAAUAUUUCGAUCUACGAUUACAAAACAGGAUGAAAAACAAAAAAUAAUGGACAAAACAUUAAUAUUGGACAAGAAAAAAAAGUUUUUAAUGACAGAUAAGAAUGUUUGCACUUAUUUGAAUUGCAAAGAUAUUGGUAUUAAUGGAUCGUUUCAUCGUGACAUACAAAUUCAAAGUGAUUCUCAAUUGUUCAAAGAUUCUGCAUGCUUAGCAAGAGAUAUAAGAGAAAGAGUAAACGUAGGUGUUCAAAAACGAGAUCCUAUACUAGUUCGAGUGAUCAAAUGCAAUGAAAAUCAAGCAAUAAUAAGAUCGGAUAAAGAAACGUUAACUAUGAUGACAGAUAUGAAUUAUGAUAAGAAAUAUAUAAGUAAACGAAUAGAAACAUGUGGUCGGUCUACUUGUAUUCCAUCUACUAUUUGUAGAAAAUUGAGUGAAACUAAUUUAAAGUGUGCUCUUUACAAGGAACGUGCAAAUCAAGUAAUCGAUAAUUAUCAUAAACAGCAUUUUAAGAAUAAUAUAUGCGAUAUAAAUUGUAAAAAUAACGUAUUUUAUGACUGGACUAAUGUAACAAAUAAUGUUGUUAAUUCAAAAAUUCCGAUGUGUGUAAGAUCGCAGAAAUAUAUGUAUGCAAGAAAUAAAUAAUUAAAUAUUAAAAUUAAUUUUACGUACAUAUUAAUAAUAUAACUGGUAUAAUGAUGCUCAAAAUUUGAUUUGUUAAAUUUAUUAAAUUGUUAAAUUUUAUAACAAAAAAUAUAAAUAUAUAUUUAGAAAAAAUAAAUAUUUUUGAAAUAAUUUUGAUGUUUUUAAUCUUUUUUUUUCUUUUUAAUUUUUUUGAAUGCUUAUAUUCUAUAUUCUUAUUAUAGACUUGUGU